AUGUACUUCUCAUUGUGGAAGAUCAUUGGACUAUCAGACACAGAGAGUCUGGUCGGACUAUUACACCAUCAAGCAACCCAGUUGCGCCUGGGGAUUAUGAUAUCUACAGUGAGGGUACGCUUUCCCUGUGUGAUAUCAGCACUAAUGCUUCGGCUUAUUCGUCUAGGAACUAUUCGAGUGAGUGAUGAAGUGUGGUUUUCCCGAUUGAUCAGUCACGCUGUCUCGGGUCGAGAAGAUGCAUUCCGCGAUGGGGUCCGCGCGAGAGACGGGAAAUGUGUCAUAUCCGGGGAGGUCAAUGACGGGGCCACGUGGGGCGUCUGGGCUGGAUUUCAAGCCGCACAUGUGUUCCCACUGGAGCAUGAGAACCUGUGGAUCCAAUACAACUACGGGCGCUGGAUUACGAAGAUGGAUGAUGUUGUGGGGAAUUCCAAAAUAAACUCCGUUCAAAAUGGGUUACUUAUGUCGGAGAAUUUGCACACUCGCUUUGACCAGUAUCUAUUCUCCAUCAACCCAGUUGAUGGCUACAAGGUCAUCACGUUCAUGCCUAACCGCUGGGGAAUAGACGGAAGAAUCCUUGACCCUAUCUGCCGCAAUCCGAACAAUCCCGAUCAUGUAUCAGAUGAGGUGCUGCGGUGGCACUUUCGACAAUGCAUACUUGCCAAUAUGCGGGGCGCAGGGGAGCCUGUUUUUGAGACGGAUUUCCCCGCUGGGACAGAUAUGAUGGCAACACUGCGCGCUGAACCAUAUGGCAAAGAGAGGUUUGAGAUGGAGCUCGCAUCGAGGCUAAGAUUCAUGGCUGGGGCAGGCGAGGUGGGAUCUCAGUCAAGUCGUUGCCGCUCUUUGAAUGUGCUAAUUUUGAAAUCUUCUAGGACUGAGCGCACUGAGUGA